UCUCCUUCGUCCUCCAACUAUGCUCUCUUAUCUCUAUAUUUCAAAGUAAAGAUAAAUGAGCUGACUGAACUUUGUGCUGUUUAAUGUUUUCCAUCACACAAAAGAAUCUGAAAAGCCUAUUAGCUUUCUGUUUCGAGUGAAGACGAACAAAAAGAAGAUUACAGUAAGCAUCGCUGAAAAGAAAAAGAUGGGUGAAACAGAGAAUCACCACCACCAUCACCACCUGCCGCCACCGCAAGUGGCCGCACCACCGACUGUACCUCCGAACUUUGCUCUUUCAAGGGGGCCUACUUGGACUCCAGCUGAGCAACUUAAUCAGCUUCAAUACUGCAUCCACUCCAAUCCUUCAUGGCCUCAAGCGCUUUUACUGGCUUUUCAACACUUCAUUGUGAAUCUUGGUACUACAGUCUUAAUUGCAAGUACUAUGGUCCCUAGGAUGGGUGGGAAUCAUGGUGAUAAAGCCCGGAUUAUUCAAGUGUUACUGUUUAUGUCAGGCAUUAAUACGCUUCUUCAAACGCUUAUUGGCUCAAGGCUUCCAACGGUGAUGGGUGUAUCGUUUGCAUAUGUGUUGCCAUUGUUGUCAAUCAUUAAUGAUUACACCGAUGAGGUCUUUGCAACUGAGCAUGAUCGGUUUAUUCGUGGUAUAAGAACGGUUCAGGGAUCGUUAAUUGUUUCUUCCUUUGUUAACAUCAUCCUUGGGUAUGGCAGGGCAUGGGGGGAGCUGACAAGAUUCUUUACUCCCAUAGUCAUGGUACCGGUGGUUUGUCUCGUUGGUCUUGGUCUGUUUGCAAGAGGCUUCCCAUUGCUUGGUAAUUGUGUGGAAAUUGGCCUGCCUAUGCUCAUUUUACUGGUUUUUUCCCAACAGUACCUGAAGCGUGUCCAUUCAAGGGCCCAUCUAAUACUUGAGAGAUUUGCAUUGCUUUUGUGCUUUGGAAUUAUUUGGGCUUUUGCUGCCAUCCUCACUGUCUCUGGCGCUUACAACAAUGUUAAGACUGCCACUAAACUGAGUUGCCGCACGGAUCGAUCGUACCUAAUGUCUUCUGCGCCUUGGAUUAAAAUUCCUUACCCGUUUCAGUGGGGUACGCCUAUAUUCAGAGCUAGCCAUGUGUUUGGGAUGAUAGGUGCUGCACUUGUGUCGUCCGCAGAGUCAACUGCAACCUUUUUUGCUGCAGCUCGGCUUUCUGGUGCGACAGCCCCUCCUGCACAUGUACUAAGCAGAAGUAUUGGCUUACAGGGCAUUGGUAUGUUGCUUGAAGGGCUUUUUGGUUCUCUCGUUGGUACUACCGCAUCUGUUGAAAAUGUUGGCCUUCUCGGACUUACGCAUAUAGGAAGCAGAAGGGUGGUGCAGAUUUCUACCGGUUUCAUGAUAUUUUUCUCUAUAUUUGGGAAAUUUGGUGCAUUUUUUGCCUCUAUUCCAUUGCCAAUAUUUGCUGCCAUAUACUGUAUUUUAUUGGGCAUUGUUGCCUCUUCUGGGAUCACAUUCGUACAGUUUGCAAAUAGUAAUUCCAUGAGAAACAUCUAUGUUUUGGGCGUCUCCCUGUUCCUCGGACUAUCAAUUCCUCAAUAUUUUGUAAUGAACACAACCGGCGACGGUCAUGGGCCAGUUAGAACAAAUGCUGGAUGGUUUAACGAUAUAUUGAACACGAUCUUCUCAUCACCUGCAACAAUGGCCAUCAUCGUCGGGACCAUGCUCGAUAACACGUUAGAAGCAAAGCAUGUGAACGAUAGAGGAAUUCCGUGGUGGAAACCGUUCCAGCACAGCAAAGGAGAUGCUAGAACCGAGGAGUUCUAUAGCUAUCCGCUAAGAAUAAAUGAAUAUGUCCCCUCCAGGUUCCUCUAACAUUGUUUGUAUAUUAGGUACAAUUCGGACAUAUUUCAUGUUUAUAUGCAAGCGGCAUGUUUUGAUUAGACAGAAACAUAAU